UCACGCGCAAAUGGCGUGACUUACGCGUGACUUUUUCAGUAAUUGUUCAAAAUCAAUUCCCACUUUUUUCCCUCUGGUAUAGAAUUUUUUUUCAACAAGAUAAAGUAAACAAUUAGGCAGCAUUUACGUUUAACAUCAUAUAAUUAUCACCAAUAUAUAUAUAUAUAUCUAACUAUCAUUGUAAUCCAUUGAAAGAGAGCAGACAUGUCGUACACUGCGCAACUUGACGUGUUUGUGUCACGACUCAAUGAUAGUGCUGACUAUAGGACAGCCCAUUCUAUAUUGUCAGAGUUAUUAGAUAUGAUUGAAACCUUUAAUGGUGCAGCUGAAUAUGAAUAUUUCUUAAAGAAUUUAGUGCCUAUUUUCAUCAAGAAUCUUGAAGAUGUUCCUAUUUCAUUCAUUAGUACUUCACCAGAACAUAAGUUAAGGAAUUGUAUCUUGGAAAUCAUUCAUAGAUCAAUCAUGAAUGAAACUUUUGAACCAUUUUCAGAACAAAUAUUAGAUGCUUUAACUAAAAUAUUAGUAGAUGAAAAUGAAGAUAAUGGGGUAUUAUGUAUGAAAGUUAUUACUAGUUUACAUAAAUCCUAUAAAGCCAAAUUAAGUGAAAAAGUUCAACCCUUUGUUGAAGUCAUUAGUCAAAUUUAUGAAAAUAUGCCUAAGACUGUAUCAGAAAUCUUUAAUAACGACACGUCUUCUUCCAUAACUGCAUCAUCCCAGGAAUCAGAUAAAGAGAUGUCACCCUUGAUUGUGGAAGAAUCAUCAACCAAGACUUUAAAUAAGGCUAUGUUUUCCUUCAAGACAUUAGCAGAAUGUCCUAUUACUAUGGUUUCAUUAUAUUCAUCCUAUAAGACGUUAGUACAAACUUCAUUACCAGAAUUCUUACCAAAAAUCAUAAAUAUAUUAGUAUUGGAAGUUGAAGAACAACGAUUAUUCAGAGAAGAAGCCUCUAAAGAAGGAAAAGUCACCGCAUCAAUUUCUCCAAAGAUUAAAAAUAGACAAGCUUAUAGUGAUUUUAUCUUAGGUCAAGUUAAAGCAGCUUCAUUCUUAGCUUACGUGUUUAUCAGAGGAUAUGCCAAUCAACAUUUAUCAUCAGAAAGAUCACAAGUGGUACCGGAUGUAAUCCUUCGUUUAUUACAAGAUUGUCCUGCUGAAUUAUCAGUCGCAAGAAAAGAAUUAUUACAUGCUACCAGACAUAUUUUAUCAACUCCAUUCAGAACUCAAUUCAUACCUAAGAUAGAAUUAUUAUUCGAUGAAAAGAUCUUAAUCGGUGAAGGAUUAACAUCAUUUGAAACUUUAAGACCAUUAGCUUAUUCUACCGUGGCUGAUUUUAUUCAUAAUGUUCGUAAUGAACUUACACCAAAACAAAUCUGGUCAACCGUGAAGAUUUAUUGUGAUCUUUUAAAAGAUGAUUCGUUAGCUUUGACAGUUCAAAUCAUGAGUGCUAAAUUGUUACUUAAUUUAGUUGAAAGAAUUAUGAAAUUACCUAAUAAAUUGGAAGGAAGACAAUUGUUUAUGUUGAUUAUUGAUUCUUAUGCCAAACGUUUCGAAAGCUUGAAUAGAAAAUAUAAUUAUAUCAUUAAUAAAUUUAAUGAAUUUGAAAAGAAUAGAGGGCAAAAGGAAGCUGAGUCCAAAAAGGCUAUAGAAAGAUAUACCUCGAAAAGAAUCGAUAAUGAUAGCAAUAAUAGUAACGAUAACGACAAAGAUAGUCAUGAUGAAUCCGAAGAACCAGUAAUGACACCAGCUACCAGUACUGAUGAAAAUGAUGAUGAUGAUGUUAAGAUAAAGGAACUUCCAGAAGAUGUGGAAAUGCUUGAUGAAGAUGAAACAGAAACAAAACCCAAAGAAGAAGAAGAAGAAGAAGAGACCAAGGAGAAUGGAAAAACAGAGAAAUCUGAUGUCGAAGAAAAGCAUAAAACUGAAACUAAAGAUGAAGAUGACGAAGAAGCCAUAUUCCUUGACUUAUUCAAUAUCGAAUCUUUCUCUCCAAUUGCCACAUCUCCAAUUUCAAGCAAUUCAGAUCUUUUAAAAGACGCUCGUUAUUUAUUCAGAACUUUAAUGACAUUCUUAAAAUCAAUGAUUUUUGGUCUUAAAAACUGUAAUCCACCAGUUCCACCUCAACCUACUCAAAAUGAUCCUAAGAAUCCAGGUCAACAAGUCAAUUAUGAUAAAUGGAAUGACUCCGCUAAAUUGAUUUCAUAUGAGGAAGUGAAUGUCUUACGUGCAUUGUUCAGAGGUGGUAUAAGUUGUUUAAGAUUCUUUUCAGUUUCAAAAGUAAAACCAAGUAUAGCCCCAGCCAAAGCAUUUGAUUUCUCAACAGGCGGUCCAAACUUACCAAUCACUUCAUCAAAAGAAGAAAAAGAUUUGAUGGAAAUCUUUGCUACUAUUUUCAUUCAUAUUGAUCCAGCAUCAUUUAAUGAAAUUGUAAGUUCAGAAUUACCGUUCAUGUUUGAAUCAAUGUUGGAAAAUGCUACUUUACUUCAUUUGCCUCAAUUCUUCUUAGCUAGUGAAGUCACAUCAGCUAAUUUCUCAAGUAUCUUAAUCAUAUUUUUAAAGAAUAAUUUGGAUCAAUUAGGUAAAGUUGAAUUGGUUAAAUCCAACAUUUUAAUCAGAUUAUUCAAAUUAUGUUUCAUGUCAGUUCAUCUAUUCCCCGCCGCCAAUGAAAGUGUCAUACUACCACAUUUAAAUCAUUUGAUUUUAGAAUCAUUAAAAUUAUCUACUAAAGCUGAAGAACCAAUAGUAUAUUCUUAUUUGGUUAGAAUAUUAUUCAGAAGUAUCAGUGGAGGAAGAUUUGAAAACUUAUAUAAGGAAAUCAUGCCUAUUUUACCAGUAUUAUUGGAAAAUCUUAAUAAGAUGAUUGCUAAUGCUCGUCGUCCUUAUGAACGUGAUAUUUAUGUCGAAUUAUGUUUAACUGUCCCAGUUAGAUUGUCCGUAUUAGUUCCUCAUCUUAACUACUUGACUCGUCCAUUAGUUUAUGCCCUUAAUGGAUCACAAGAAUUGAUAACACAAGGUUUACGUACUUUUGAAUUGUGUGUGGAUAACUUAACUGCUGAAUAUUUUGAUCCUAUGAUUGAACCAGUCAUUGACGAAAUUAUGGCUGCUUUAUGGAAACAUUUAGAACCGGUUCCUUAUCAUCAUCAACAUUCUCAUACUGCAAUUCGUAUAUUGGGUAAAUUAGGUGGUAGAAACCAUAAGCAUUUCAAACCUUGUAAAAACUUAAUAACUCAAUCAGAAUUAGAUCAAGAAAUAAAAGCAUUAUUCCUGGUAUAUGGUUUGAAUGGUAAAGUUCCAAUUUCGAUAACUCCAGGUGUUCAAUCUGCUAUUAAACUUUUGGAAGAUCAAAGAUUAAAGGUUCAUUAUCGUAUUAGUGCUUUCAAAUACUUAACCAGUAUUUUAAAAUUGUUCAUUGAUACUACCCCAAUUCCAGAAGGCUAUUCUAAAUUCGUGUCUGAAAGUGUUGAUAUGUUGAAACAAGAAAAGAUACUGGAAACUGUCGAAUUAGAGGAAACUGGCGUAGCGGAUGUUGCCAAAUUGGAUAGACAACAAUUAUUAUUCACUCGUUUAUUGGAAAUUUUAUUCUUUUCCAUUUCUAUUCCAGAAGUAAAAGAAGAAGCAAGUGCAUUAAUAGAUGGAUUAACUACUCAUUUUACAUUACUUUAUCUUGGAACUUCUGUAGUAGACAAGAUUAAGAAAGAACGUCCAUUUUCUGUUAAUGAUAAUGAAGGUAAAGCUUAUAUCAGUGAAACUGCAUUUCUUUCAGCUUUAAAUUAUGCAUUAAGUUUCUGGGAUAAAGAUGUUAGAAAUAAAGGUAUCGAAGCUAUCAAGAACGUUUACACCACUACUGUGACUUUAUUCGGUUCAGAAGAAAAUGCUUUAAAUUCUCCAGUGUUCAGAUCUAUGUUCUAUAAGUUCACUCAUUGCUGUUAUAAUGAAUACUACUACUCCAAAUUGGGUGGUAUUUUGGGUCUUAAAACAAUGUUUGAAGAUCUUGGAAUCUCCUCUAAAUGGUUUUUCAAACGUCAAUUUGAAUUAGUUCGUUCGAUUUUCUUUAUCUUAAGAGAUACUCCAGAAACAGCACCAUUCGAAGUACGUGAUUCGGCCAAGACAUUGGUAUUAAAAUUACUUAAAGAAUGUAAUUCAGGAUUAAGUAAGGAUGAAGUUUUGGAAAAACCAUUCCAAACUGUGGUUGGCGCUUUGGUAUAUGAUUUAGCAAGUUCAAAUCCAUUAGUUCGUGAAGUUUCACAAUCAGCAUUGAAGGUGCUUUCUGAAACAACCAAUGUACCAAUAGCUAUCAUCAUGGGUCCAUGCAAGCAUUUAUUAUUGACUCCUAUUUUUGGUAAACCAUUAAGAGCCUUACCCUUCCCAAUGCAAAUUGGUAAUAUUGAUGCUAUUACUUUCUGUUUGGAUAUUCCAGAUACUUUCUUAACAUUCAACGAAGAACUUAAUAGAUUAUUAUUGGAAGCAUUGGCUUUAGUCGAUGCUGAAGAUGAAUCAUUAGCCAAUGUUCACAGAUUAAAUGAGUUUAGAACUUCUAAACAAUUGAUUGAACUUCGUGUUGUUUGCAUUAAAUUACUUUCUUUGGCUUUAACAAAACCUGAUUUUGCAUUAGGUCCAUUAGCUGAAUACCGUAUUCGUAUUUUAGGUGUAUUCUUCAAAGCUCUUUGUAACAAAUCAACUGAAAUCAUCAAUGCUGCUCAUUUGGGUUUGCAAUCUAGUUUACAAGAAAAUGCUAAACUUCCAAAAGAAUUAUUACAAAAUGGUCUUCGUCCAAUGCUUAUGAAUUUGUCAGACCAUAAGAAAUUGACUGUGUCAGGUCUUGAAGCAUUAGCCAGAUUGUUAGAAUUGUUAAUCUCAUACUUCAGAGUUGAAAUCGGUCGUAAGUUAUUAGAUCAUUUAAUGGCUUGGGCCCAAAUUAACACCUUGAGACGAAUAGCUGGAUUAGAUUUAGAAAAUAAUCACACCGUUCAGAUCGUAUUAGCCAUCUUAAACAUAUUCCAUCUUUUACCUCCUAAGGCUUAUACCUUUAUGGAAGAAAUCAUCAAUACUUUACAAUAUCUUGAAGGUCACUUAGAUCGUCAUCAGAACUCACCAUUUAGAGUUCCAGUUGCUAAAUUUUUGAAUAGAUUUGCUGAAAAUUGUAUUGAGUAUUAUAUCACGAAUUUCAAAAAUAGAAAGUUGGGUAAUACUCUUGCUUCUAUAGCUGGUAUGGAAGGAUGUGACAAGAUAAGGGAUAUUGCCAAAGAAAAGAUACAAUCAAUUCUUGAUGACGUUCAGAAUGAAACUGUCGAAGAAACUAAAGUGGUAAAGUUUGCCAAUUUAGUUGAUCUUCUUGAGGCCAUUACCAAAUAUGAUCACGAUUGGUUUGACAAACAAAAAGAUUUCUUGUCAAAUGUAUCUAAGUUGGUAGAGAAUAUCUCAAAAAUCAGAAAUAAUGUUCCAUUAGUUUCGCCAGCUCUAUUCCAAGCUGAUCAAGCUAUUGAUAAAUUACAAGUGAUUUUAAUCAACUACUUGGAGAGAAACCCAACUGAGAUUGAUUUGUUAUUCGUGAUAGUUGAACGUCACAGUCAAUUGAAACUCAAGAUUCCAAACCAGUUAGAAGACUACAUUUUCACAAAGAUUGUAAGUUCAUCCGAUAUCGAAUACAGAGAGAAGUAUUUGAAUAAAUGUAUUGAUUUUAUCAGUGACUCAUCAUCUAAUCUCAAGUCUAAGAUUUUCUUCAUCAGAAAAGUAUUCAAUUCAAUUUUGAUCUUUGAAUUUAAAACAAAAGGUAAAGUUGAUGAGUUUUUCACUAGCUCUCCAGCAUGGUUGGAAAAGAUUUGUAAUAAUAUUUGGAAGUCUACCAAUGACAUAAUUACUGGCCAUACUUCGGGUAUUUUAGACAGCUACCGUUAUGCUUUAUUAGAAUUGACUGCUUUACUUUUGAAGAUUGCUCCCAACUUCAUCGGUGAUUUGAAGAAGGAUAUUAUCAAAUUCAGUUGGAAUUACAUUAAGUUAGAAGACAAUAUAACAAAGCAAGUUGCAUAUGUAACUACGUCUUACUUUAUUUCUUCAUAUGAAAUCCCAGCUAAGCUUGCAACACAAGUUUUCGUUGCACUUCUUCGUACCCACCAAGCGGAUUCAAGACAUUUGGUGAAACAAGCAUUGGAUAUACUUGCUCCAGUGAUGUCAGAAAGAAUGAUUGAUGUCGAGUCUCCUGAUAGUUGGUUGAAAUGGCCACGUCGUAUUAUUUCUGAAGAUGGUUUUAAUGUGACCCAAGUUUUAAAUGUUUAUCAAUUUAUUGUUCAACAUCCAGAUCUUUUCUUUGUUGCAAGAGAACAUUUCAUUUCAAAUAUUAUUACUGCUAUGGGUAAACUUACUAUUUUGGCUAAUCCGGCUAUUGAGAAUCAAGUUUUGGCCAUUGAAUUAGCCGAGUUAAUCUUGAAAUGGGAAUCUAGAGCCAAGCUUGAGAAGAAAGAUCAAGAUGAACCAAUUGAAGAAGUCAGAGCUGAUGAUUUUACUACCUCGCCUAAUUAUUCUAUUCCAUUCGGUCAAAGAGAAGCAUGUGUUACAUUUUUGAUUAGAUACGUCUGUAUUAGUCCGCAAAGAGCUUCUGAAAGUGAACUUGGUCAAAAGGCUCUAGGAAUUUUAUAUGAUUUAUUAAGUCCAGAUCACUGGGCUGAAGUGUCUGUCAAAUUAACUUUCUUUGAGAAAUUUGUUCUUUCAAAUGACUUGAAUUCUUCCAAUCUCUUAGGUUACUGCUUGAACGCAUUAGAGGUUUUAGGUGUUGUUUUGGAAUGGAAAAAAUCUGAGUGGAUUAUUUCUAAUUUAGCAUACCUCCAUAAAUUGCUUGAAAAAUGUAUUAAAUCUGAUAACCAUGAUAUUCAAGAGGUUCUUCAAAGAGUUCUUAAGCUUAUUCUUCAAGCAAUCAACGAACAGAAAGAUAGCGAUGAAGAUGACGACGAAGAUGAAGAUGUCAAAGAGUUCAUUUCUUUGUUAUCAUCUACUGUUGCCGAAGAUUUAGGAGAUAUGCCAUCGGUUGCUGCUGGUGUCACAUUAUCUUGGACUUUAGCUAAUUAUCGCCCAGCUAUACUUGACUCACUUUUACCACUGAUUAUGAGAACAUUCAGUAAGUUAUGUAAAGACCAUAUUACAAUCACACAUCAAGGUUCACAAUCAUCAUCGAAAGAUAGUGCUAAUUCUGAAUAUGAAGCUAAAAUGACAACAAGACUCUUAGAAAAGAUUUUGAAUCUUUCGUCUAUGAGAAUAUCCAACUUGGCUGACCAAAGACGUAUUUUCUUAUCCUUAUUGGCUCAAUUAAUUGAGAGAUCACUAGAUAAGGAUACUUUAGAAAAGAUAAUUAAAAUGGUAAAGACAUGGGUCUUUUCAAGAACUGAUCUUUUCCCAACUACAAAAGAAAAGGCUGCUAUUUUGUCAAAGAUGAUGGUAUUCGAAAUUCGUGGAGAACCAACAUUAUCUAAGGAAUUCUAUCAAAUUAUUGUUGAUAUUUUCGAAGAUGACACGUUCAGUUGCACAGAGCUUACUGUACGUAUGGAACAGCCAUUCCUAGUCGGUACUAGAUCCGCUGAUGUGUCUAUCAGACGUAAAUUGAUGUCUAUUUUGAAUAAUAGUUUAGAAAAAGAUAUAAGCAAGAGAUUGUAUUAUAUCAUCAGAGAACAAAAUUGGGAAUUCUUAGCCGAUUACCCAUGGUUGAAUCAAGCCUUACAGUUGCUUUAUGGUUCUUUUGAUUUCGAUACCAAAAUUGAAUUGGUUGAUUCUGAAAACAAAUUACCACAAGUUAGCAUAUUGAGCUUACCAAAAUCUGAUUCAAAUAUGGAGGUUGACACUGAGAAUGCAUCUGUUGAUGAACUUUUGAAGAAACAUAAUGAGUUCUUGGCCAAGGUUAGUGAUUUAAGGGCCGGUGCAAUUCUCGAGCCAUUGAUUGACUUAUUCUAUCAAAGCAGUGAUGCUAUUCAUAGAGCAUGGUCCAAUUUAUUCCCUAUUGCGUUUACCUCAAUUCCAAGAUCAGAAUAUCUCGACUUUACGAGAUACUUGGUCAUUUUGCUUUCAAAAGACUACCAUACACGUCAAGUUGAUAGUAGACCCAAUGUUAUCGUUUCAUUGCUCGAAGGUAUUGCAAGAUGUGAUGGUUUACAAUUACCACCAUUUGCAGUUGAGUGUUUAGCUACUAAUUUCAAUGGAUGGUCUCAAGGAAUUAAUAUCUUGGAGAAUAUUGAAGAACAAUCCGCUAUUGGUAAUGCUGAAGUUAGGGAAGUAACACAAGAUGCCCUUGCUAAAUUAUAUGCAACCUUAAAGGAGGACGAUAUGUUCUACGGUUUGUGGAGAAGAAGAGCAAAAUAUUCGGAAACUAUCAGUGCUCUCUCUUACGAACAGAUUGGAUUAUGGGAUAAGGCUCAGCAACUUUACGAGACUGCUCAAAUUAAGGCUAGAAGUGGAGCAUUACCUUACGGUGAAUCAGAAUAUGCUUUAUGGGAAGAUCAUUGGAUUUUGUGUGCUGAAAAGUUACAACAUUGGGAUAUCCUUACUGAUUUAGCUAGACAUGAAGGUUUUUCAGAUUUAUUAUUGGAAUGUGGAUGGAGAGUCGCUGACUGGUUUAACGAUAGAGAAACAAUUGAUCAAACCGUGAAGAAUGUAAUGGAUGUUCCUACUCCACGUCGUCAAGUUUUCGAAACUUUCCUUUGCUUACAAGGAUUCGCUAAAGAGAAGGAAACUUUACAAGAUCUUUCAAGGUUAUGUGAUGAAGGUAUUCAAUUAGCUUUAAGAAAAUGGCAUGGAUUACCUCAACGUUUUAACAAUGCACAUAUUCCAUUAUUACAUACAUUCCAACAGUAUGUCGAGUUUAUGGAAGCAAGUCAAGUUUACGCUAGUCUUCAAACCACCAACGCUCAAAACUUGGAUGUUAAGUCUCAAGAAUUAAAGAGAGUCUUACAAGUUUGGAGAGAAAGACUUCCAAACAUCUGGGAUGAUAUUAAUCUUUGGAACGAUCUCGUCGUUUGGAGACAACAUGCAUUCCAGGUCAUUAACAGUGUUUACUUGCCAUUGAUUCAACAAACUAAUUCUGGUGGAAAUGCCAAUUCAUAUGCUUAUAGAGGUUAUCAUGAAAUCGCUUGGGUCAUUAAUAGAUUUGCACAUGUUGCUAGAAAGCAUAACAUGGCUGAUGUUUGUAUUAAGGAGCUUACCAGAAUUUAUCAAUUGCCAAAUAUUGAAAUUCAAGAAGCAUUCUUGAAGUUGAAAGAGCAAGUUAAAUGCCACUACCAAAAUCCUAAUGAAUUGAAUACAGGUUUGGAUGUCAUCAGCAGUACAAACUUGGUUUAUUUUGCUACUCAACAAAAGGCUGAGUUCUUCACUUUGAAAGGUAUGUUCCUAAACAAGUUGAACCAGAAAGACGAAGCCAAUAAAGCAUUUGCCACUUCCGUUCAAAUUGAUCUUAAUUUACCUAAAGCAUGGGCUGAAUGGGGUAUGUUUAACGAUCGUCGUUUUAAGGAAAAUCCUAAUGAUAUGGUAUAUGCCAACAAUGCGGUAACUUGUUACUUACUGGCUGCUGGUCUUUAUAAGAAUGGUAAAACGAGAAAAUUAUUAGCAAGAAUUCUUUGGCUUAUCAGUCUAGAUGAUGCAUCAGGAACUUUAGCACAAGCGUUUGAGAAUUUCAGAGGUGAAGUCCCUGUCUGGUAUUGGAUUACAUUUAUUCCUCAAUUGUUAACUUCUCUAUCUCACAAAGAAGCAAAAUUGGCUAGACAAGUCUUAGUACGUAUUGCUAAGAGUUAUCCUCAAGCUUUACAUUUCCAACUUCGCACAACUAAAGAAGAUUUUGCUGCUAAACAACGUCAAGGUGAAGCUGUACGUCAACAACAAGCAAAUGCUCAAGCUCCAGCACCACCUAAAACUGAAGGUUCAGAGACCCAAACCACCGAUGCCAAUGGCAAUCAAACCAAUGGCUCUGAGAACGGAACGAAUGCAACUAAUACAUCUAACGUGACUGACACUAAAGAUGGAGAUAAUGUGGCAUCAUCACAAUCUCCUAAUGGAAAUGCUUCUCUGGAAAAUGGUGCUAAUUCUACUGAUCACACGACUACUGCCCAAACUGGAGCCCCACCACAAAGUUCACCUCAAUCAAGGAACUCUAUUCCUGUAGCUAUAACUCAAGCGUUAGAGCACGUGGAAGAAAUAAUGGGUAUAUUGAAAACUGCUUAUCCACUUUUGGCACUUUCAUUAGAAUCUUUAGUGGACCAAAUCAAUCAAAGAUUCAAAUGUACUGCCGAUGAAGAUGCUUAUAGACUUGGUGUCGCCCUUCUUAAUGAUGGUGUUCAAUACUUAAAUCGUCUUGGUAAUCCAAGAGAUGAUGCCAAACUUCCUCCAGUCACUGAAGCUAAUAUUACUCGAUUUGCUGAAACUGUUUUACCAAAACAGAUACGUGCUGAAUUUGAAAAGGAUCUUGUUAUUGGAAAGCCUAACUUAGAAACUUACAUUAUUAAAUUAAGAAAAUGGAGAGACCGUCUUGAAGAUAAACUUGAUAGAAGAUUCUCUGAAGUCAAUCUCGAAAACUUAUGUCCUCAUUUAAGUGAAUUCCAUCACCAAAAGUUUGAAGAAAUCGAAGUUCCUGGUCAAUAUUUGUUAAAUAAGGAUACCAACAGUCACUUUAUUAAGAUUGAAAGGUUCUUACCAACAAUUGAUUUAGCAAGAGGUACUAAUGCUUGUUAUAAGAGAUUAAGAAUCCGUGGCCAUGAUGGUAGUUUACAUACUUUUGCUGUUCAAUUCCCUGCAGCUCGUCAUUGUCGUCGUGAAGAAAGUCUUUUCCAAUUAUUCAGAAUUUUCAAUGAUACUAUUUCUAGAAAGGUUGAAACACGUCGUAGAAAUAUUCAAUUUACAUUACCAAUUGCAGUUCCAUUAUCACCACAUAUUCGUAUUAUUAACGAUGAUCCAAGAGAUGUUACAAUGCAAAAGGUUUAUGAAGAUUACUGUCGUCGUAGUGGAAAGAGCCGUGAUGAACCAUUCAUUUAUACUAUUGAAAAAUUAAGAGCUGCUUUUGAUCCACGUUUACCAAAACCUGAUAUUAUGAGUAUCAGAGUUGAAAUUCUUAGUGCCAUUCAAUCAUUAUUAGUUCCAUCAACUGUUAUGAAGAAUUAUUUCAUCGAGCUUUAUCCACAAUUUGAAGAUUUCUGGUUAUUCCGUAAACAAUUCACUUCGCAAUACGCUUCAUUUAUCUUCACUACCUAUAUGAUGUGUGUUAAUGCUAGACAACCACAAAAGAUCCAUAUUAAUAAAGGAUCAGGUAAUGUCUGGACUUCUGAUAUGUUACCAUGUAAGAUUGCUAGUAAGAGUGCAUUAAUGAUGGAUAAUCAACAAGGAAGACCAACUCCAUUAUUCUACAAUGCUGAAAUGGUUCCAUUCCGUUUGACUCCUAAUAUUCAAAAAUUAAUCGGUGAAACAAGUUUAGAAGGUGUUCUUGCAGUAUAUAUAUUAUGUAUUGCUAGAGCAUUAGCUGAACCAGAAUCUGAUUUAGAACAAUUCUUAACCUUGUUUGUUCGUGAUGAAGUUAUUUCAUGGUGUGCACAACAAGAACCUCCAAGACCAAUUCCUCAAGAUAAACAAUUACGCGAAAUCGUUAGAAUCAAUGUUGAAUUUAUUAUCAAGAAGGUUAUAUCUAUUGGUCGUAUUUCUUCAGGCCCAAGUGUGGCUACUCAAAAUGUGUUAGAACUUAUCUCUCAAGCUGUCAAUCCUCGUAAUUUGGCUGCCGCUGAUACGUUAUGGAUGGCUUACUUUUAAUUCUUUUCUAUUUACUUUAUCUUUGUUCAUUAACGUGACAAAUUAUUAAAUUUUAA